AUGGGAGAAAGGCACAUCAACACCGGCUUUAUUCCUGAGAACAAUGAGUUGUUCCGAGAAGAAAGGCACAUCGUCCCCCGUGCUACCGUUACCAUUAGUGACGAGUCGUGGCCAGAGCCUCAUGCUCAACUAAUCAGGGUACAACAUGAUCUAAUCGCCAGUUGCUCCAAUUUAUGUCGGAAGAUUGCGCCCAUGUUAGCAGUUGAAGGAAUUUCAGGAAAUCCGACUACUGAAGGCAAACGCGGACUAGUGAGGCGAGAGUCUAUGCAAGUUGUGGAGCAGCGACUGUUAUUAUGGGGUGCAACUAUUUCCGACUACAAGGAUCAUUCUUCGUUAAUUCGCAUUCAAGCGCACACAAUUAAAACCCUUGACAGGAUCAAACGUGUCCUGUAUGGUAUGCAGACUCUCGAGCGGGACUCUUAUUCGGAAAAAUUCAAGAAGGAGUUGCUUCCUCUCCUCGGUUCUCUAUAUUCAAAUCUUCCGGGAACAUGGCGCGACACUAUAGAAUGGGCUUUAACCGCUACUUUGGUGAAGACCACUGCUCCAACCAUGAUCAACGAGAAGAUCCAACUUAACGACUGUGAUCCUAUAUUCCUUGCGUCACUUGGCUCCUCGCAAAUCAAACAAAACUUCAGUUAUAUGCUUGACUUGAUAGAUGAAAGUAAAGCUACCUCGCCAGUUCCAUUAUUGACACCCGAUAAUCUUAUUUCAUCCGGUUCAUACGAUGGAAUUGGGGUAUAUUCUCAAAAGAGUGGUAUGGAUGGACCUACCAUGGGUGGUUUGAUUUCCAUCCGCACCGAGUGGACGGUGGAACAAGCCACGACAGAUUUGGGGGAUAUGGUAUAUAUUAGGACGAAAUAUCAGCAAAGGCUGCGGUUACCAAAGCCAGAUGAGAUGCGAAUUUUGGUCCUCGGGGGUUAUUUCGAAAAUUUAACUACAGGUCGGGUGGAGCUCCUGUACCACUUUCCGCACUGGGCCUCACAAAAGUCCCCUCCAGUGUCACUUCGUCGACUUAUCGCCGAAAAACAGUUACCGGACGACAUCGGGGUGAGAUUUUCGAUUGCUCGCAAACUCAUAUGCGCUAUACUUUACUUCCACGCUUGCCAGUGGAUUCACGGAAAUAUUGAUGAUCGAAAUAUCAUUUUUUUUGAGGAUUCCGAGCAUAAUUUGAACUUUGAAGAGCCCUUCUUUUGUAGAUUUAUCCCUUCUUCCAAAGACGCGCUGGAGGCUGUACCGGCAACGAAGGAGUCUGCAGAUGCAAUAUUUGGGAACGAUGUUAAGCUAAGAAACGCUGAUACCGAAAGCAUCUGGCGGACUGUGUUAUUGGUAAUAUUCGAGAAAGAGACUGUCGCUGCGAACGGUUCUCCUGACUCACACCUGGGAUAUUUUGGGGCCAAACAUGAUCUGAGUAAAUGGGCCGAGAUCAAUGAGUGUGUAUACGUAUCCGAGUGGUCGGGAGAUAGUGGUAUGGGGCGUAGUACGCUCGAGGGUAACCUUGGGAGUAAUGAUGACUACAUAAGCCGCCAAGGGAUGUACUGGAAACUCACAAGGAUACUUAAUCUUUGCUCCCCUAGGUCCACCAAGUACUCGAGAGAUCGCAUUACACAACGCUCAUAUAAAUAUAAGGGUACAUGGUCAGCGAUUCCUAGUUUUGGUUUAGAAGGUUAUGAGAAAGAUCGGUCUCUAGAGACGGCAGAAUCUGGGGAAGAUAUGGAAGGAUUUGAUACACAAAGUACAAGUACGGGUAGAUCUUUGCACAUGAAUAUUGAUCUUCCCAGGGGGUCGGGGAGACAAGAAACACAGGACGAGGUAUUCCCGGUAACGGCUACUCAUGAACAAAUUAUGCAAUGGCGAAAGGAUGUGCUUCCACGACUUGAAAGAGUUCUCGAGAAACACCUACCCGCGGAAGAGUCAGUAUCUAUUGAUCUGCUCGGGAUCGGAACCUGUCGGGAAGAAUCUCAACCAACAAUCGUGGUAACCUGUAAGAGUAGCCGAUUGGUCAAGCGUCUUCUCAAGAAAUUCGUUUACGACUGGGCUGUAUUUGGCCUGAAAGUCAGAAAAGGAUCUAUUCAAAGGUCAUCUGGCACAGGAAGGGACCGAGAUUCUAAACAUCAGGAAAGGCCUUUGCCAGGUGCAUCUAUAGGAGCCUGUCGCGAUGGGAAGCAUUUACCCGCUGCAACCUAUGGCGGGCUUGUUCUCGUUGAUGAAAAGCCAUACGGGUUAACCGUACAUCAUCUAGUGGAUAUUGAUGAUCAGACGGAGGAGCAAAAUACUCGGAGCCGCUUUCGUACACUGGUAGAGAGUUACGCUGGUUGUCACUUGGCCGUUGAUGAAAGCACCUGCGUGGAAGAGGACCAACCUCAUAGUCAUGUAGAUAUAGGAAACUCGCCUCUGUAUUCGGAAUCGGAGGGGGGAAGUAGCGCAAGCGCAAGCGAUGUUGAAUACGAUGAGGAAAGUAUGUCUGGAAGUUUAGUGUGUGAAUUUGAUUAUGAAAAUGAAGGAAGAGAUACCGUUAUCGAAGGCGAUGACCUUAUCGGAGAUAUACCCGGACUUAAAAGGAAUCAUGACAAACAAAUUGUGGCAGUUCAACCGGCCGAAACGGACCUCCUUGAGAAAGAAAGGGGCGGGGGCGAGUCGGUCACUGAGGAUUACCAUUUAGGAACAUUCCUUGCCUCUUCGGGUAUUAGGAGGGUUGUGUUCGAAUCAGAAAAGCACGAGAUUGACUGGGCAUUGAUUGACAUAUCGACCGACCGGUUGGGACAGGGUAAUUUGAUACAGGGCGGUGGGAGAUUCCUUAGGUCAUCAUCCGGUGAACAAGACUCGGAGCCGUGUUCUUAUGUCCCGAUGGGUCAGUUCAGCGGCCUGGAGGUGCACGGUAGAGGUCGUACGAGUGGACUACAGAGGGGUGAGAUAAGCGAGGCCAUUAGCUCAAUCAAGUUCUCUGAUCGGAAGACCUUUUCGAGGAGCUGGAAUGUCACUGGUAAAAUUGGAGAUCACGGUGAUUCUGGAGCAUGGAUCGUCGAUAAUCUCUGCGGGGGUGUAUGUGGUCACAUCAUCGCUGGUCAUCUCGUUAAUAAUAAAAUCGUUGCAUACAUAAACCCGAUGGAGCUGUUACUACGAGACAUCAAGGAAACUUUACAAGCAGAGAGCGUAUGUCUUCCAACCGCCGCCGCGGCCGCUCAGGUCGAAGAUAUGGACGAACCCACGUACAUUAUUAUUUAG